AUUUAUUAUGCAUAUAUCAUGUAUGCUUGCUUAUAUAUAUAUCUGUAUGUGUGUGUGUGUGCGCUUUUUCUCUUUGUUUAUACCUUAAUUAAGAUGGAUUCGGCUUUAAAAGCAUUAUAUGAUUCUACAGCCAUUGAAGCAGGAAGCUUAUAUAUUGUAGGAAGAAGAGACGUUGCAGAAGAAGAAGAAACGACAUUUGAAUUCAGAGAUAUGACACAUCCUAUCCGUGUUCCUGGCUUAGAAGACCAAGCUGUGACUGAAGUCUCAGCAGGGCCCUUUCAUACCAUUGCCUUGACUCGAGAAGGAAUGAUGUAUAGCUGGGGAGAUUCUCAGUAUGGUGCUUUAGGAAGAGAAGGAAAUCCACAUGUUCCUCAGCUAGUAUACCAUCCAUCUAUCAGAUACAUUCGAUUUAUAAAAGUAGCUUGUGGUAGUUCAUUUUCAAUGGCUCUUUCUUCUAGAGGUCUUUUGUACACUUGGGGUACAUUUAUGAGCCAAGAAGGCAUUUAUGGUUAUUUACCCAAUGUAAAAAUCCAAACUUAUCCUCGUAUUGUCAACAAAGUGAGCAUGAUACGAUUUAUCAAUAUUGCAGCAGGCGCUGCUCAUUGUCUUGCUCUGGAUGAUCAAGGAGGUGUUUAUUCUUGGGGAUGUGGUGAAAAUGAACAAUUAGGUGUACCGAUGACUCGCCACCAAGCAGGCAAACUGGACUUGUUUCCUUUAAAAGUUGCAUUGAACUCAAUUGUGUCCAUUGCCUGUGGCCAGUUUCAUUCCUUGGCCAUCAACAGACGUGGUCAAGUCUUUGCUUGGGGCGUCAACAAAUUCCAGCAGUGUGGCAUGAUGGAAAAGCCUGAAGAAAGCCAUGAUGAACCAGGUCCUGAAUUGGUUCCUGUGCCUCAAUUGAUUCCUAAAUUUCGCAAGAGUUAUGCACCUCUUGCUCUUGGCACUGUUGGUAGUUUGAAGAGCAAGGCUUCUGAAGCUCAGCGCAUGAUAUCGACCAUGACUUCUAAAGACGGAAGAUUUAAAGAAGAAGAAAUUGGUACUCGUCUUAAUAUCACUGAAGAUGAUCCAAUGGAACAAAAACUCUUACACCAUGACCAUAGUGGAGAUAGCCUUUUUGAUGCAAGACCAAUCAAUGUGGCUGCUGGAGCAGAGUUUUCGAUUGUUCAGACAGACAAUCAUUCUUUGAUUGCGUUUGGUCGUAAUGAUCAUGGUCAACUUGGCAUUCUUUUUGACAAAGAUCAUCCUUGCCCAGGAGCCAUCAAGUCAAAAAAGACAGGUCAAUUUGAAGCGAUUGGUUAUCCGCAUAAAAACCCUUGGUCUCCUCCUGAAGGAGUGAAAAAAGUAGCCAGUGGAUUUGAUCAUGCAGUGGUGAUUAGUACUGAAGGUCGUGCUUGGGGAUAUGGAGCUACUGAACAUCAUCAGUUAGGACUCUAUACUACAAAAGAUGCUUUUAAAGCUACUCUUAUUGAAUCCAUUUUGCAAAGAGGAAGAGUGCUUAAUGCAGCAGGCAAUGAUACAGCUACUUAUUUUGUUGUUGUAUAA